AGACGCCAUUUUGCUAAAAUUGAAAUAUCCAACAAAGUAGAAAGAGAUUUGAAAUAAAUCUAAAACAUCCAAGCUUUUUUUGGGAACGUAUCGGAAGUAAUGUGUCUGUGAUAAAUAGUAAAAAUUAUAAAAGCGAUAUUUUCGUCAAAACUGAUAUGUAUUAAAUUUAUCUUUUGUGUUAUUAAAGGGAGUUAAACGUAACUAAAGAAGAAAAACUAAUUAGUGAUUUAAACAUGAGUACGAAAGAUGAUGAAUACGAUUAUUUAUUUAAAGUUGUCCUUAUUGGAGAUUCUGGCGUAGGAAAAAGUAACUUAUUGUCACGAUUUACUAGAAAUGAAUUUAAUUUGGAGUCUAAAUCUACUAUAGGUGUCGAAUUUGCUACUAGAAGCAUACAGGUGGAUGGUAAAACUAUUAAAGCACAAAUAUGGGACACGGCAGGUCAAGAGAGAUACCGAGCAAUCACGGCGGCCUAUUAUCGUGGUGCAGUUGGCGCUCUACUCGUUUACGAUAUCGCCAAACAUCUGACAUACGAAAACGUUGAACGCUGGUUGCGCGAAUUACGCGACCACGCAGAUCAGAACAUUGUGAUCAUGUUGGUCGGAAACAAAUCCGAUCUGAGGCAUUUGCGCGCCGUGCUGACAGAAGAAGCUAAGGCUUUCGCCGAAAGAAACGGCCUCAGCUUCAUUGAGACCUCAGCUCUAGAUUCGACCAAUGUCGAUAAUGCUUUCCAAAAUAUACUCACAGAGAUCUAUAGAAUUGUUUCCCAAAAACAGAUCAGAGACCCUCCGGAAGGUGAUGUAAUCCGACCACAAAACGUAGAACCAAUAGAUGUAAAACCUACUAUGAACUCUGAUGGCGUGCGCAAACAGUGUUGUCAGUAAUAAUAAAUAAUUAGCAAUAAUAUGCAUGUUACACUAAAUAUGGAUUUCAGCCGGUAGUGCCGCCUUGUCCAACUCACUGUGGCUAUUUAUGAUUUAUUUUAAGUAUUACCAGAAGCUCUACACUUCUCGUUUAGCUAAACAAUUGGCAAUGCGGAUUACCACCAAACUUUAUUUAUGCUGAGCACUUAGUAUGCUAUCCAUUAUAAGUUUGUACAUUAUAUAUCUCUCAUUUGAUACUACUUUGAAUAUAUAUGGAAAAUAUUAUAUAUAUAAUAAUUAAAAAUAAAAGAGGUUUACAUU